GGAACGACCAAUUGACGCACGAGAGGGCAGGUCUUUGGAAGCAAGUUAGAUUGUAGAGAAAAUUAAGUGUUGCCAGGAGUUAGCUCACACAGCGGGACGAGCUGUUUGAAGAAAACUGUCUCACUGCAACCAGUAUAUUGUCUUUUUAAAACGUUUGAGGAUAUUUGCUUUUCAGUAUUUCAAGGACGGUAACGCUUUUCGACUUAGGUGCUAAGGUCAGCAUUGAGCAACACACCUUUUGAAGUGGACAGCUUUGAUGUGGCACAGUGCUGAGGUCCGUUGAAGAUGACGGAAGAGGUUGUGGUCAUCGCCAAGUUUGACUACGUGGCCCAGCAGGACCAGGAGCUGGACAUUAAGAAGAAUGAGAGACUUUGGCUGCUUGACGACUCCAAGUCAUGGUGGCGAGUUCGGAACUCCACGAACAGGACCGGCUUUGUGCCGUCAAAUUAUGUGGAAAGGAAGAACAGUGCAAGAAAAGCUUCUAUUGUAAAGAAUUUAAAGGACACCUUAGGAAUUGGGAAAGUGAAGCGGAAAACCAGCAUGAGGGACACGGCUUCAAACGCAGACGCAGACUUUUACUCGGACAACGGCGAGCGGCUCUAUGACCUCAACCUGCCAGCGCUGGUCAAGUUCAGCUAUGCAGCCGAGCGGGAGGACGAGCUUUCACUGGUCAAGGGGACGAAGGUCAUAGUCAUGGAGAAGUGCAGCGAUGGCUGGUGGAGGGGCGGCUACAAUGGACACGUGGGGUGGUUCCCCUCCAACUACGUGGUGGAGGAUUCUGACGGCUCGUCUGUAGACCCUGUGAGUUCACUGACUGAAAAGCUAGCUGCCGUGGUACAUAAUGCCAACAGCAGCCGUGUGUUACACGUGGUGCAGGCACUCUACCCCUUCAGCUCCUCCAACGACGAGGAGCUCAACUUCGAGAAGGGCGAGGUCAUGGAUGUUGUCGAGAAGCCAGAGAAUGACCCAGAGUGGUGGAAGUGCAGGAAAAGCGAUGGCCAAGUGGGGCUGGUGCCAAAGAACUAUGUGAAUGUGAUUCCGAAUUCUCAGAACUCUCCAAAUAGCGCCGGGCCCCCCCCACCGGACUGCGAUUACAUAGUGCCGGCCACCAGCGGGAAGUUUGCAGGCAGGCCAUGGUACUAUGGGAAAGUAACAAGACAUCAGGCGGAAAUGGCUUUGAAUGAGAGGGGGGAAGAAGGAGAUUUCCUCAUUCGAGACAGCGAGUCCUCGCCAAAUGACUUCUCAAUCUCCUUGAAAGCACAAGGUAAAAAUAAGCAUUUCAAGGUGCAGCUAAAGGACGGCCUCUAUUGCAUUGGACAGCGCAAAUUCGAUUCUAUGGAAGAGCUGGUGGAACAUUACAAAAAGGCACCCAUUUUUACCAGUGAACAGGGAGAUAAACUGUACCUUGUUAAGGCCUUGUCUUGAUCACCAGAAAAAGAAACUUGGAUACUUUAUUGCGACCAGCUGGUGGUAAAGAACAAAAUUACUGUGGACGCUAUGUAACAAAACGACUUCUUGAAUAAUGUUCAAUUCAUGUUUUUAGGUCAUAGGUAUAUAUGUAUAUUGACAACAACAGUUAUUUAGCUUAUACCAAUUUUUUUUGUUACUAUAUCUUCGGAUUUUAAAACUCUCCUUUUCUAAUGUCAUUCUCUGGCUCUGAAAAGCCAUUUUAUGAUAGUCCCAUGGUGUCAUUUUAAAGCUAAAGUACAUUUUUAUUAAUUUCCACAGAUGGAAGAUACAAUUCAAUUUGGUAUUUCAACAAACCUACACCUGUAAAUGACCAAUAUUCAACAACAAUAAUAAUAAAUAAGUCUUGAGUGUAAUUGCGGCCUGAUCCCUCCCGUGCUUAACCUUGACAAGUCUGCCUUUUGUUAUGAUGCUGUUUUUAGUUUUGCUAACAAUUCGUUUUUUAAUUAAGGGCAAGAAAUGGUGUGAGAAUUGAAUUAAAUUAGAAGUACAGUACACUAAACCACUUCGCUGUCAUUUUUUGAACAUGCCAAAAAAAGAAAAAAACAUAGUUUUCUCUGUGUUUGCCUCAGUUGUCAACACAAGCUGUCAUUUCACAAUGUAAGAUGCAACCUUUGCACGAAAGGAAGAAACCAAAAGUAUAACUGUACAAACAGACCAUCUUACAACAACUUAAUGAAAUAGUUUUUAGUGUCUUGUACUGAAAAAUAAAUACAAAUGUACAGAUAUUAAUAAUACAAUUUAUAUUUGUUUAGUUUCUUGGUCAGCUGUGUUGAGUGAAGGUAUCUUUCUUAGCUGUGUAUACAGAUCUGCAGUGUUGAAAGUACUAAUGAAGAGCAUUAAACUGCCGUACCAGUGUUUACUAUAAUCUAGAAUUCAUGGAUACAUGGAAAAGUAAAUCUGGUUCAACUCUAAAAAAGCUCUAUACCACAUCUGUUUCUGCAUUGAGACUGCAGAUGUACUAUUUUAAAUGGGACUGCUUCACACAAAAGAAAGUCUUUUCACAAGGCAUAAUGACUGGUAGCAGAAAUGGGCGACAAUAUUCUGAUUCACUGGAUGGGUUUAACAUUUAUUGCAAUCAUAUGCUGCUCUGUUUUAAAUAAGGUUCAAAGAACUGAACGUUUUAGUUAAGCUAAACUGUAAAAUAUUCAGUAAAAUGGGCUUGUCUGCCCAGUUUGAAUUGGGAGCAAGCAUGCAUCAGAAAUUGUAGCAAGUGCAUCAAGUAUCCCUUUUGAGAAGACUGAUUAGAGAUGUUAAGCUUGUGUAGUAGUACUACUGUAUUUAUCCUUUUACUACAUAUAUACUUUUAUAAUCUAAUUGUUCUAAUCUAAAUUCUUUAACUUUCCAAGAUCUAUGCAACCACUCCUCCCCUCUGCAGGUUCACUGGAAUCAAUUUUACCCAAGGUGACAUUGUUAGCUGAGAUAAAAGAAUCAUAGUCAAGAUCAUGGCUAUAUUGGGUACUGGCAUGGCACCUAGGAGAUUAUAAAAGCUGGACCUUUUGUUUUUAAAAUGUAUUUUGGGUGAUGGGAAAUAAAUCCAUGCAAUGAUCUAGAAACCACUAGCGUAUUAUACAGCAAGGAGACAAAACAACCUGUUCCUUAAGACUAUACACCAAAGCAAGUGAUUUUAUCUCUUCUUAGCAUUUGAUAAUUUUGAUAACAGAUAGACAUAGCCCCCAUGUUUGCAUAUUGCUAUCUGUUAACUUGACAAGGCUUGCUGGGUACCUAAUAAAAAAGCUGUACUGAUCCUCAGUUAUGAGGAAGGAUUUGUAUGCAGCCACAUGGGAUUAGUGUAUAACCAGUCCUCAAGAUCGUUUAUCAUAUUUGUAUCAUGUGCACAUUAACUGUCUUGGCUGGAAGACCUUAUAUAUAUAUAUAUAUAUAUAUAUAUAUAUAUAUAUAUAUAUAUAUAUAAAAAUGUUGAAUCAACCUAUUUUGUUUUUUAAUGCAAAUGUGUGGGCGAAUAAAUUUUGAAAGUUGUUUUUUCGAUUUUAAUUGCUUUGAUCAUCUGUGUACUUUGUGGUUGAGACAUUAUGAUUUCCAGCACCUUUAUCCAGUUUUACACAUUUCGUUUGUCAGGAAGUUGCCAGUAAGUUGCACUUUUUUACAUGGGGACCAGGGUUUAUGCCCUGGCAUAUUAUGGGUAUGAGAAGGUAGAUGAUGGGAACUCUAAACAAGAAAAGGUACAGUCCCUGGAACGGUGAGUGAGAGAGUUGUAUUGCAACUAGGAUUCCUUUACCUCUAAAGUCACCUCUAAAAUGUAAAAAAUAUGACAUUAAAUGAUGAAUACAUUGAAAGGGGCUUAUGUUUGCUUGUAUGUCUUUCCCUUUUCUGGAUUAUACUAAAAUUGAGCCAAAAAAGAGUCAUCUCUCAGCAGCCAGAUAAUGUGAGAAUGCCCAGGCUGUUUUGAACAUGUGCCUUAGCUGCGAGAAACCAAAGCUUGCAGGUGUGCCGUAUACCAUCUACAUGUUCCUUAUUUAUUUUGUAACCUGUUAAAUAUCUUAAUCAUGUUUUGAAUUAUUUGAUGUUUCUGCUUAAAUCAUUAUUUGCCUUGCUUACUGUUCCAGCAAAAAAACCCUGAGAAGAUUCCUCAGGGGUUAUUAUGGGGAAUCAAGGUGCAGAAGCAUAUGUAUCCUGCACAGGCUUCAGUGCACAAUGCUUUACCUAUGGACUUCAGUGCACAGCCCAACGCUCAUCUUCAUCCCAUCUCUUCAACAUUAAUGCAGAUAAUGAUCAAAGAAGAAACAAUAGAGAAUCACAGAGAACACUCUUAGUAGUAUAUUAAGAAAUUAGAUAUUAGGACUAUGUAGGUGUUAUAAAUCCCUGAUGCUGCCAGUGUUUGCAAUGUUUCUGCUGAACUCCUAAUUUAAGAGCAUGCACCUUCUAUUGUGUGUGUGUGUGUGAUGUUCAUGGCAUUUGCUUUGCUGGGGCUUUGUAUUAUUAUUAUUAUUAUUAUUAUUAUUAUUAUUAUUAUUAUUAUUAUUAUUAUUUUGUCUUUUGAUGCAUUUAAAUAGUUAAUGCAUGCUUUUAAUACCUAUUGCAGUAUCACUAUUGUGACUGAUAAUCCUUGUUUUAAAGGUUUUUACUUUAUUUUAUCUUAGUCUAGGGGACAUCGAUGCUUGAUUUAGGUUAGGUUAGCUGUUGUGAAUAGGAUCAAGUGACUUUCCAUUUAGAUUUAUUUUCUGCUGUGUAUUUCCUUAGACAAUUCUGUUAUUUACUGUCACAGUUGUAAUUGGCGUAAAACAGGGGAUUGCUAAAUAAUAUUUAUCUUAAUAAUAAUGUCCCUGAUGUAGAGGGUGGUUUUAUUACAGAAAAUAUGUACCACACAUCUCCGAUUUAAUCCAGGUCAAGAAUUUGUCACCUCAGAAGCUCACGUUUACAUAGAAGUCAGCCGGCUUCUAUACUGCAGGAAGAGUAAUCUACUGUACACGUUCAACAUAUUAACUUUAGGAGAACAUUCUUGUCUUUUUCAAAUGUCUUUGCCAAUUUAAGAAAAAGAUCUUGGACAACUAAAAGGAAUAUUAAGUGUAGUAUCUUAACAUUGUAAGUGUCAUUUAAAUGUAGACAAUUCAUCUUGAGCAGUGGAGUGAUGUGGCCUAUACUGUGAAAUUAAUGUAUUGUAUUCUUGCUUUUAACAGGGGAAUAAACUUCACUUGUGAUAUUUUUUUUACAACAAAGUUUAUUAGAUGUGUAGAUAACAUAAUAAAAUCAUUAACUCUG